CAGUCGAACAGUCGAAACAAUAGUUGAUUUUCUUGUCAAAAUUCCACCAUAUAAAAUUUAAAUCCGUGUAGUUUUCUUAGUACCCGAUUCCCCAUUUAGUAACUCGCAUUUUCUAGCACAAAAUUCGAACACAAAACCCCCUGAAUACAUCCGAAAUUAUUGUGUUUUUUCGCGGCUCAGCGCGUGUCAGGUUAAGAGCGCUCCACCCCCUAGGGAAACAGGACUAAAGGGUGAACUUCAAGGGCCAAAUACUGCAAGGACCAAGGACGUGGCCGAGCGACAGAAACUAUCGAGUCGAUCGCGGGGACCAGGACAAAAUUCGUGUCCCGUUGUUAUAUCCUUCAGCCGUAAAUGGGUCGCACAAAUGUUUACUAAAAUUCUCAUUGACAAAAUGGACAAGAAGGCCUCGCAGCAGCGACAGCAACACCCACAGCCGUCUAUGUCCAAAUCGCAAUCGAUAUACUACCCCAUGCGAGUGACGCCCCACCAGGAGAUAUCCGCCACGGGAACCAUGGGUGUUGGAGCUUCCAACACAGCCAGGCCUGCAUCCGGAACGAGAAUUUCCGCCAACGCGGCGACAACGACUACAACAACGACGACGACGACGAACACCUCGCACAGAAACCGCUCCACCCGCCAGCUGACCAGGAGAGUAGCCAACCCCCUGCACGAAGAUCGGGAGGAGGUGCUGAUGAAUCGGUACUUCAACGGCAGGCGCGACCUGAUUAGCUCGGGCAUACACGCCUCCGUUUCAAGUCGCCACCACCAGUCGGUGCAGCAGCAACAGCAGCACCAGCAGCUGGUCUCCAGGACUACCGUAGAUCUCUCCGAGAAACUGGCCAAAAUCAACCGGCGGGCAGCAAUCAAGGAGCUCACAGCCCUGCAGCAGAAGAACAUGCAGGCCAGCGACAAGAACGAGGAGGCCCUCAAGGAGCUGCAGGAGAGCAUUCCGGAGAUAAGCAAGAUCUUCGAUGUGCACUGCCGCAUCGGAAGCGGCACCUUUAGCACCGUGCUGCUGGGUACCCUGCAGCGCGAGAGGAGCCUGGUGGAGACCCAGAGACGGCGGUUCGCCAUCAAGCACCACAACCCCACCAACCACCCGGAGCGCAUCCUGCGAGAGCUGGAGUGCAUGUUCCGCAUUGGCGGGGUGGACAACGUGAUCGGCAUCAACUGCUGCAUCCGGUACAACGACAACGUGGCCUUCGUCAUGCCCUACAUGACCCACGACCGGUUCCACGACAUAUACCGGCAGCUCAGCCUGCAGGAGGUGCGCGACUACCUGCGGAACCUUCUGAUAGCCCUUCGCCAUGUCCACAAGUUCAAUGUGAUCCACCGGGACGUAAAGCCGAGCAACAUCCUCUACAACCGGCGGACUGGUAAGUUCCUGCUGUGCGACUUCGGCCUGGCCCAGCGGAUAGCGGAGGACGGCACCGUGAUGCAGUCGAACGAGCUGAGCUCCAAUGCCGUGUCGGCCCUGAUGAAGGACAUGGAGAAGAGCAGGAGCGCCGGAGGUCUGCAGGAUGGUAACUCGGCCCAGGCUGAGGCGGAAGACUACAUGGCGAAUCGACGCGUGCGAGCCCUGGGCGGUGGCGUCACCUCUCCCGCCGUGGAUCCGAUGGCGAACAUGCAGAAGCUGCGAGAGCAGAUCACCGCCCACCUCUCCAAGAAGGAUAUCGCCGCCCAGAAGGCGGACACUUUGCGCCUGGUGAACCGCCUGCGCCUAACCAGCCCCAAUGUGGACCCCAACGGCUAUGUGAUCAACACGAACAACACCAAGAAGGAUAUGCACGCCUCGCGAGCCGGCACUCCAGGAUAUCGGCCGCCCGAGGUCCUGUUGCGGUAUCCCCACCAAACCACGGCGGUGGAUGUCUGGGCUGCCGGGGUGAUAAUGCUCUCGAUGCUCUCGGCCCUGCAUCCGUUCUUCAAGGCUCCAAACGACUGUGCGGCCCUCUCCGAGAUCAUCAAUCUGUUCGGCGACGUCACGGUGCGGAAGACGGCCUUUAUGCUGGACCGGCUGAUCAUGCUCAGCCAGAAGGUGGCCGCCCUGGACCUGCGGCGGGUAUGCAUGCGCUUCCGGUACUCGGACUUCUUUUUGGCGCCCGAGCUGCACAGGCGCUACCGGCGCGCCGACGGCAGCACCGAGCUGUGCCGGAACUGCGAGCAGCCGACCUUCAACUGCCUGUGCCGGCACAGCGCCCACCACCUGGAGAUGUACGACGGACUGGACAUUUUCCCCGCCAAUGCCUACGAUCUGCUCGCCCGCCUGCUGGAGGUGAAUCCACAGAAGCGGAUCUCCGCCGAGGAGGCGCUGAAGCAUCCAUUCUUCAGUGACCACCACAGGAUAACGUCCGGCAUGCCGGUGAUCAGCCCGCACAUCCUGCAGCACCAGCACCAGCUGAGGGCCAGGGAGCCGCUGCCGUCCGGGGCAAAUGCGCCGCGCACCCUCAAGCCGUACGUGUCCUUCCCCUCAGAGCUGGCCACCGCGUCCGCCACUUCCGCUACUGUGACAGCCUCCACAACCACGACCGGAGGAGCAUCUUUGACAGGAGAAUCAGGAGUGGCCGGGCCUCUGGCGGUCGCCACUCCUUCGCCGACGGUGGCAAAUGUUUGAUUUUGGACCGCGCCCAUAUUUGUUGUAUAUAUGGUGGUGGUGUUACGUUGGCUUCCCUUACAUUUCGGAUUUGAGUGCGAAAGAGCGGGAGCUGGGAGGUGGGAGGGUGGCGGGUGGUAAGUGACUUUGUUAUUGGACCCGUCUGUUGGGCCCCUUUGGCCUUUUCGGCCUUUAAGGACGAAGCGGUUAUUCCUCAGUCCGUUGCGAGCGACGAAAUUUGUAUUGUGCAAAAGUAUAACGAAAAAAAAAAAUAAUAUUUGAGGUGGAGGUUUUUUCCCAAAUUUAUAUCGCAGUGCAAAGGCGAAUUUGUGUUUUUGUUGAUUCGAAAUUGUCCAAGAUUCCCCUCUAAAAAAAUAACAAAAAAAACAAGUCAA